AAAAGUUUCGGGCGAAGACUUGAGAAGAAUGUUUCACGUGAUCGGAUUAGGUCUCGGCGAUGCGACCGAUGUUACUGUAAAAGGUCUAGAAAUUAUUCGAAUAUGCGAUCGCGUCUAUUUGGAAUCGUACACGUCGAUAUUGUCCGUUGGUUUGCGAGAUUUGGAAGAACUUUAUGGACGUCCGAUACUUGAGGCCGACCGAGAAUUAGUCGAGAACAAUGCAAAUGAAAUACUGCCGAAGGAUGAGAAGGAAAAUGUUGCUUUUCUGGUGGCAGGUGAUCCGUUUGGUGCUACCACUCAUUCAGAUCUGAUACUGCGAGCUCGAGAAAGGAAUAUAAAAGUGAAAAUUGUUCAUAAUGCCUCCAUUUUAACUGCAGUCGGUUGUUGUGGUUUGCAAUUGUAUCGUUUUGGAGAAACCGUAUCCGUUCCUUAUUGGAGUAAAGAUUGGCGACCGAGUAGUUUCUACGAGAAAAUUGUUUCCAAUAGGCAGAGCGACUUGCACACGCUCUGUUUGUUGGACAUUAAAGUAAAAGAACCUACUUUAGAAAGCAUUACUAAAAAGAGAAAAGAAUACAUGCCUUCGCGAUUUAUGAGAGUCUCUGAAGCUGCUGCUCAAUUGUUAGAAAUCGUAGAGGAGAAAGCUGAAGGAAUCCAGGAUGAGAUAGCCCUCGACGAAUCCAGCCUUGCGAUAGGCUUAGCACGUGUAGGAUGGGAAGAUGAACGCGUAAUUGCUUGUUCUCUUAGAGAAAUGACUGCGGUCGACCUGGGCUACAUACUUGGUGAUGAAUUGUUGCGCGACGCUUAUUCUUUGGCAAUAGUUGCAUAUUUGAUUGGAAACGUCGUAUUGUUAGUUUACCCUCGUUACUUGUUCCGUGAGAAAGAGAUUUGGAAUUGGGAGGUAGAGAGGGAAAUAAGAAAGGAAAAUACACAUGAAAACUGA